CGGCUUCUUCAUCCAGCUUCUCUCUCUAUAUCUAUCUCUCUCACUUUCUCCGUUGCUUCCUUCUUCAAUUCAAACCCCACGUCUUUGAAACCCCACCGAAUUUUCUUUGAAUCUCAUACAUCCUCUCUUUCGAUUUGUUUAUCCAUUCCCUAUGCUACCUCUCUAGGUUUUUAAUUCUUCAUUUCGAUCCAUACCCACUUUCCCUUUCUUUUCUCUCUCUCUCUCUCUAGCGAUGUCUCUCUCUAAAAUUUUGGCGGAGGAGUCUCUUCCGGUUGGGUACCGAUUUCGCCCUACCGACGAAGAACUCAUCAAUCACUAUCUGAAGUUGAAGAUCAACGGCGAUGAGAAGCAAGUCAGUGUUAUUCGAGAGAUCGAUGUCUGCAAAUGCGAACCCUGGGAUUUGCCUGAUAAAUCGGCGAUAAAGACGAAUGAUGAAGAGUGGUUCUUUUUCUGUCCUAAAGAUCGCAAGUAUCAGAAUGGGCAUCGAUUGAACAGAGCGACUGUGGCUGGGUACUGGAAGGCCACGGGUAAGGAUAGGUCUAUCAGGUCUCUGAGGGGAACCACUGUGAUUGGCAUGAAGAAGACUUUGGUUUUCUAUGAGGGUCGUGCGCCGAAUGGCCAGAGGACUAAUUGGGUAAUUCACGAGUACCGCGCAACUAGUGAGGACCUUGAUGGCACUAAACCAGGACAGGGUUCCUUUGUCCUGUGUAAGUUAAUGAAGAAGCAUGAUGAGAAGCUAAAAGGAAAGCUGGAAGAGAUCGCUGAAGCUUCGAACUCUGACGAAAUUGAAGAACAUGUUUUGUCUCCAGCCACAGUUAAAUCAAUUGCUGAGGAUAUGCAAUCGGAGCCAGUAACUCCAAUGACGAGCUGUCUUCCUGCAAUUUCUUACAAUACAUCUCAUGAUGCUUCAAUACCUAUUGAUUGGUCCAACGAUAGCUGUGGUGAUAUGCAAUCGGAGCCAGUAACUCCAAUGACAAGCACCAAAGCUGAAAAGCCACCUUCUAGCAGUGGGAGUUUCCUUCCUGCAAUUUCUGACAAUACAUCUCUUGAUGCUCCGCAACCUAUUGAUUGGUCCAGCAAUAGCUAUGGUGCUGUUGAUGCAGGAGAAAAAUCUUUUGUCCAGGAGGAUUACGAGCUAGAAGAAAUGUUGAGAAUAUUUCGUGAUGAUCCAAUUGAGGAACGACCAGAUGGCAACGGCAAAAUCUUCUCCCCGUUGCACGUGCAGAUGCAGGUGGAGUUUGGAUCUUCAUAUGAAUUUCGGUACCCUGGCGCUAGUGAUAUGGGUCACAGCCACAACGGGGUGCCAUUUCAGUAUGGCACAAAUAAUGCACAGGAUAUUACUGAGUUCUUGGAUUCAGUCCUAGUUUCCUCAGAUGAAAGUGAGGGCGCCCCUUCUUAUGAUAAUGUUACGGACAGAGUCUGGAGUGACUCAAAUGCACAAGUGGCCCAAGCACAGUUUGUAGCUGAUUUUGAAGGCUAUGGACAGUUUGGGCAGAAUAUUGAUGAGGAUCAUCCUGUAUCUAGGGCAAUGGGUGCAGCAAAUUUUGUCAACAGUCUUGAAGAAUCAAUUAGUAAUAGCAAUGCUGUUGGCAAUGAUGAUAUUUCUGGAACUGGAAUCAGAAUAAGGUCUCGCCAAGUUCAUAAUCGGCCCAGUGCUGAGAAUUCCGAGGUGCAGGGAACUGCACCAAGAAGAAUUCGGUUGCAGAAGAAACUCCAGGUUGAAUCAUUUUACGGCAGCCAUGAAGCAGAACGCGUAGUGGCUAAGGCUGAAGAAGAAGCUAAGGAAGAAAAUGCUGCUACUAUUGGUGCUGCCGCUAGUUUGAAAGUGACAUCAAGAGGCUACAAAGAGGUUUCUCCUGGAGCCUUGAAGAGUCAGGCAUUGCGCCGGAUUUCAUAUGUGUUCAAGGCAGUUCUUGUGGUUGUAGGUUUGUCCGUAGCGUCUGUGGGCAUAUGGAGAUGCCUUAACUUUUGAGUGUGUAUAAUUGGCCCUAGUUUUGGUAUGUGAUUACGAUAAAGCUGGGUCGGGGUUAUUUUCAUUUUGUUUAUGUUUAUAUUUAAUAUAUACUUUUAACUCUUUACAGCUAGAGAUAUACUAUAUGCAGAUGCAGUACAUUUAACUUCGAAAUCAUCUCCUGAUUUGGGAGUUUUCUUGUCUGUGUGAUAUAACUGGAAUUUUGUUUUUGUA